AUGACACACGGUGAAAUUGACAACGUCUGGACAAAACAGCCAUGGUUGAUGAGUCUUUCCACGGUCUCGGCCACGGAAAGAGCAAGUUGGCUUCAACACACACUUCAAAUCAAGAAAAAGGGACUCAGAAAGAUUAUCAUGAGAUACCCACAGCUCUUGGGUUUGCGGAUCGAGAAUUUGGAUGAAAAAUGGGCAUGGUUUGGAAGUACAUUCAACACCACUGAUGAUCAGCUUGCCAGGGCUAUUACCGUUUAUCCAACGCUAUUGGGAUGCAAGAUCGACUCUCAUCAACAGAAGAUAGAUUGGCUUCAAGCACGGUUGGACAUCAACUCAACACAGGAAGCACAAAAGCUCUUUCUCAGAGCUCCAGCCAUCCUCUACCUGUCGCAAGACGCCAUCGACUCUAGAAUCCAAUGGAUACAAGAUCGUACCGAGCUAACGGGCAAAGCAGUCACCAAAGUCCUUAUGAAACACCCUCCCAUUUUAUAUUCUUCUAUUGAAGGAAAACUUGAUCCAACUUUCACCUGGAUUUCUGACAAGCUUGGCCAUGAAGCAGCCCGCAAGAUGGUUACAAGAAUCCCUAGUGUUUUGUGUAUGAGCCUCCUAGAGAAAACCGAACCGCAAAUUGAAUACCUGAAAACUAAGUUUCACCUUGAUGGAGAGGGCAUCUCUAAGAUGUUGUCUCAAACACCGCAACUUGUGGCUGCGAGCCGAGACAACAUUGAAAACACCUUCCAAUUCUAUGCUGAUCGCUAUGGACACGACCAGACGAUCCGAAAUGUCAUUGGAUGCCCAACAUUGUUGAUGUAUAGUCUUGAGAAACGAUUGAUUCCACGAUGGGAUCAAGCUGUUGAGCUUGGCUUUGAGCAAGAUGCUGCAAUAUCUUACUUGGCUCUGUACACAAACAAAAAGUGGGAUCUGUAUGUGGAAAGCAAGGUGGCUGGCAGCUGA